UAUAUACAUUUCUGUGGUGUUUGGUUGAAUUAGUAAUAUAAUGUAGUAUAUUGUGUGGGCAUGCGAGUGUGCACACAAUAUACUAAAUUUUAUUAUUACAGUAACAUCUGUGUGGUCGUUAUCAAAUACAACCUUAUUGGGGGAUGGUGGGGGGUCUGUGUGUAGUAGACAGUUGCUGUUUGAUGUGUUCUACAUCUGGAAAAGUACAAUGGUUAUAUCCUCAUCCACCGGUCUUGCUGUCAUUACCAGCGGCCAUGGUUUCAUCUAUUUUUUAUUUUUUUUAACAUCCCAGUGUAAUAUCAUGUGAUCUGUCAGGGCUAUUAUACAGUGGCAGAGGGCAAAGUGAACCUGGAGCGCUUUGUUUUCACAAUUUACUGAAACCGAACUGGUUCACUGGUAUGGGUGUGGGGAUGGGGAGCCAGGGUUGCUAAGCCUGAAACUGCAUCUGUGAAGAUAUUAUGUAAUUUAGGGGGGCAAAAAUGUCUAUUUCAAUAUGGACUAAGCUAACAGGUUGAUUUCUGCCACUCACAGACUACACCCUUGACUGGGGCAGUAUUCAGAGACUCUCUGGAUAUUUACUUUUUGCUAAAAACAAGAAAAAAGAUAAAUAAAUACUAGCUAUUAACAGUUACUAAUUUGAUAUUCAAAAAUAUAAUAUUAAAAAAAUGUCUUGGUUCUGGACCCUUCCUGCCUCUAGUGGUCAAAAGUUUCUCUGCAGCUUUAACAUCUCACAGAAAUCUGUUAGAGCAUCAUGUGCUUUGACAUCACAUGAUGUCAUCAUGUUAAAAUAUCAUGUGACAUCAUGUCAGCUAAUAUCAUCAUCAUUAUGUAGGAAAUGAAGGAGGAGAAAGGAUGAAAAACAGCUGCACACAUCUCUUCACACACGUGAACCAACAUUGUUGCUCCUUUCCUAACAAACAAAAUGAAAAAACAAAAAAAAACUUUGUGAUGUUUCAUUCUCUCUCUCUCUCUCUAUCCCUCUCUCUCUGUUUUUCUCUCCCCUCCCCCUCCCUAUCUCAGCAGCAGGAGGAGGAGUCAGCAGUGUGAGGAUGCUGCCAGGUUGCCGUGGUUUCAGCCUCCCAUCUCUUGUGGUGACCGUCGUCAGGGAUGUGUGUGUGUGCGGCUGAAGGGUGUGAGUGUGUGUGUGUGUGUGUGAUUCUUACAGCUGUGAGGAUAUAUCACUGCAGGACGGAGGAGAGGAAUAGAGGAGGAGAGGGAGGAUAGGAGCACAGAGGUUUUGAAGGGUGGCUGUGGAUUAAAGUCGCUGCAGCAAGUUGUCGUUUCCUCUGAGCUGCAGAGAUCUGUGAGGACGACAAGAAGCUUCAUCACUCCAUCUUUGUCUCUGCACAGGGAGGACUGAGACAGUGAAGGAGACAGUGAAGGAUACAGUGAAGGAAGGAUGGAUGGAGUCUGAGUCGUCACUGAUCUUCCGGUUUUUGGGGAGUCAUGACAUCUCAGGAGGAGGCAUCUUCCUUCAAGAGGUUUUUUCAGUAUGUGGAGGACAGUGGACUUAGAACAUACGAUGGCCUGGUGAUCCAGAAUGCCUCAGACAUUGCCAGAGAGAGCGACCGCAUUCGUAACCAGACCAACUGGACCUACCUGCAGGAAAAACACCAGAAAAAGAGACGGCAGGAGGAAGCCAUCAAGAGGAUUGGUGAAGAUGUUGCCAUGGCAACAGACGGGGCGUACUCUGGGAAACAUUUCAGGAUGGGUUUCAUGACAAUGCCGGCACCGCAGGAUAGACUGCCCCCCCCAAGCCAGGGCUUCACCGUCCGAUCCCAGUCCCUCCACUCAGUGGGAGGAGGAGAUGACGACUCCAACCACAACCGAAAACAGCCCCCACCCAAACCGAAGAGAGACCCCAACACCAAACUGAGUAGCAGCUCUGAGAUGGUAAAUGGAGGCUCUGGAGUUACCAGGAGAGACCACCAAGAAACCAAAGAGACAGCGGAGCAGGCGGAGGCUCGAUGUCCUCUCUACACUGAGGACUACAAGAAGAUGCCUCCACCUAAACCGAAGAGGAACCCAAACACUCAGCUCAGCACCUCCUUCGAUGACUCCUACAUCCAUAACCAUGGAAACAAGAAGUCUUCCUUGAGGUGGGAAAAGUCUUCAUCCCAGAGUCAGAGUCCAGCGUCCAGAGACACGGAUGACGAGGAGCCAGUUUAUAUCGAGAUGGUGGGAAACAUCCUGCGAGAUUUGAAAGGUCAGGAGGGGGUGGAGGAUGAGCAGAGCGAGUCUGUGUAUGAGGAAAUGAAGUACCCAAUGUUGGAGGAUUUCCUGCAGGACGGUCACUCCACCAUCAUGGACCCUGAGUCCUGGUCUCGUGGAUCUCUCUGUGACAUCCCUCCACCCUUCCCUAAUCUCCUGACUCACCGCCCACCCCUGCUCGUCUUCCCCCCUGCCCCUGCUCAGUGCUCCCCCAACUCUGACGAGUCCCCCCUCACACCCUUAGAUGUCACCCGGCUGCCCAUGUUAGAAAAUGUCUCUUACAGCAAGUCUGGUAAUGUUGAGCACCCGCAGAGCUCCACCCAUCACCGCAAAGAACGAGACCGAGACCGAGACCGAGACCGAGACAGGGACCGAGACCGAGACCGAGACCGGGACCUGCCAUCCACUCACACCAUCACAUCUUCCGGCCGCUCAUCAGCUCCACCCCUCCACUCCAACCUCUACAAGUCAUCUGGCUCUGCCCACGGUGGUCAUGGUUACCCCCGCAGCCAAUCAGCUUGUCCGUCUCCAGUCAGCAUGGGUCGCUCUCUGACCCCUCUGAGCUUGAAGAGGCCGCCACCAUACGACGCCCUGAUGGCCGGGGGCAGUAUGCCUCGCUCUUCAUCUUCAUCUUCAUCUUCCUCACACAGGGCAGGGGAGGGUGGAGCUAAACUUAGUAACUCUUCCUCCACCCACGGCUCCAUGCAGAAUGUGUCGAGGUCGCAGACUCCAACAAGUCCACUGGACGAACUCAACAACCUGUUUACCUCAGGUAGACAGGUGGUGAAGAGAGGCUCAGGAGGCAGGAAGAGCAGGGAGGGUGAAGGAGACUGUAGGUCUCUGCCCAGACAUGACAGUAAAGACAGAGACGGACAAUCCAGUCCAGUUUCCAGUAGGAUGGGGAGGUCAUCUGUCAGUCCCACCAUGAUGCUGUCUGGAGGAGGAGGAGGAGGAGGAGGAGAAUCAAAAUCUGUUUGUAAACUCGGCCGUUCAGCCUCAACAUCAGGAGUUCCUUCACCUGGCGGGACACCACAACGCCACCUGCAAGAAAUGCAUCAUCCUGCCCUCAGCCAGAUGCCGUGGCUGUGCGGAGACGCCACCAUGAUGGAGAUGAUCGAGAGGAAAAGAGUCUUGUGUCAAGAGAUCAAAUCUCGUCAGCGGCCUGAGAAGAAUUUGUGUAAACAGGACAGUAUGCCGAUCCUGCCCAGCUGGAAGAGGAAACAGCCGCCACCAUAUUCAGGCCCACAGAGCGCCGCCGCCACUGGACAGACCACCACGGUGUUCUGGGACACUGCAAUCUGAAACACAAUUACUACACAAAAACGUGAAUCACAGAGCACCACAGUGUUCUGAGCAACACAGAAAACAGUGAUGAUGAUAAUGAUAAUGAUGAUGAUGAAGUAGCCAUCAGGCCAUAUCCACCACACUGACAGUUCGAUGAUUUAAACGAACACAUCUGGCUGGUUUUCUCUCAUUGUUUGAUUGAUCAGUAUCAGCUGUAUAUUCUCCAUCCGUUAGCACUGAGGGCUUUUACACAUCGAAUGAAAAAAUGUUAAUGUUUACAUCACCAGUCAUGAGUGAGCAGAGAAUGAAUUUUAGUUCAAACUGUCAUUAAGCUUCUCUGCUUCUGGUCUUAAAUCCUCAUUCAUGUGAAUCUGGUUGAGGACUUCAAACGAAAGACUCAAAGAGAAGCAAUGAAAUAAACCAAAUAUCCUCAAGACACAAAAACAACAGUCUAGAUGUCUUCAUUAAAAACAAUCAAAUAUAAUAUGAAACUCUCAACUAAUCAAUUAAUGCACUAAUCACUGAGUGUGAAUGUGUGACAGUUUGUGACAUUGAGGGGUUGACAGAUGAAGUGACCUCAUGUGGGUCUUGACCCAGAGCUUGAGACACUGUCAUGUAAAUGAUGUGAGAAAAUCAGCUGUUUUAUCGUUUUAUUUCAACACUCAAUCAACUUUUCACAAAACAUGACAAUCACCAAAAUCUUUCAGCCAACAGUAACACAGACACAUACACACAUACACAGGACGAGAGGUGCAGGGGUUGUCUUGUUGUCCAGUCAGAGUGAAGGGAGGCAUGGCCACAAAGGUGUAGCAGGUGUUGUCUUUCUAUUCGUUAUUUUUCUAUCUGACCGCUGUAAAAGAUUCAGAUGUUUUUAUAAAGUCUGACAGUCGUGUAGCAGAAUGCUGUAAAAAGAGAAAAAAUAUUUAUAAACUUUUCUGUGUGAAAAGUCUGUCAUCAAACAUGUUUUUAUAUUUAAAUUAAAUCUGUGACGCUCUGUGUGUGGAAGAAAAAAUGUGACAAUGUUUUUAUAUUUAAAAACACUUUUAUUAAGAUGAAAAAGGCACUAUUUUAAAAUGAGAAUAUUUUGGUGAGUUGUUGGUUUGUUUAGUCUUAUCGACUGUACCUGAAACACAGACUGGACUCCUGAUGAACUCCAGUUUAACUCCAUAUUAACUCCAGAUUAACCCCAGUUUAACUCCAUAUUAACUCCUUUUUAACUCCAGUUUACCUCUAAUUUGACUCCCGUUUAAACUCCAGAUUACCUCCAUUUUAACUCCAGUUAAACCCACAAUUCUGUAUUAACUCCAGUUUAAAUUCCGGAUGAAUUCUAGAUUAACUCCAUAUUAAUUCCAGAUUUACUUUAAACUGCAGAUUAACACCAUAUUAUCUCCAGAUUAACUCCAGAUUUAUAACAGUUUAACUCCACUUAAACUCCAGGUUAACUCCCUUUUAAACCCAUAUUAACACCAUAUUAACUCCAGAUUUACUUCAAUUUAACUGCAGAUUAACUCCAGUUUAACUCCAGUUCAACUCCAUAUUAACUCCAGUUUAACUGCUCAUUAAAACCAGUUCAACUCCAAAUUAACUGUAGUUUAACUCCUGAUUAACUCCAGAUUAACUCCAGUUAAACUCCAGAGUAACUCCCUUUUAACCCCAUAUUAACACCACAUUGACACCAUAUUAAUUCCAGAUUAACUCCACAGUUUAAUUUCAGAUUAACUCCAGUUUAAAUCCAGAGUAACCCCAUAUUUACUACAAUUUAACUGCUAAAUAAAACCAGUUCAACUCCAAAUUAACUGUAGUUUAACUCCAGAUUAACUCCCCUUUAAUCCCAUAUUAAUGCCAUAUUAACUCCAGAUUAACUCCAGUUUAACUCCAUAUUAACACCAGAUUAACUCCAAUUUAACUCUCUUUAACUUUACCUGUUCACACAGUUCUGAGGCCUGUACUACGAAGAAGGGUUUGAGGUUAUUGAGGUUACUUCAGGUAUAACUCUGGGUUUCCAAUCCUACAAUGGUGGUUCACUUGUUACCUGAGUAAAUCACCAUUGUCAUUUAUGUUGAACUCCUAACCUCCUCCCAACCUGCCCCAGCUCAGGUUAACUUCACAGGAUCAGAUUGAAACCUGUGAACAGCCAAGCUACUGACCAAUCAGAUACCUGGAAAAACUGAGUCAUUAUUCCUGCAGGAUCCCAACUGGAACAAAAAACUAUCACAAUUACAUUAUAAAUAAUAACAAGAAGUAGACAUUUAUAUAAAUCAGUUCCAGACCUUGCACGUGUCCACUCUGGUUUUAAAACAAUGCUUGCAUUGAGAGUUUAUCACACUAAAUAAAUAUAUCAACUAUUAACUUAACAACUAUUAUAGCUUAAUUUUAAUUGAGGAAAUAUUCUUAAAUCUGACAGGAUUCCUGAGAGUGAUGAUGAUCUUACUUUUCUUCAUCCCUGCAGGUCAGAAUAACAUGAGACUCUGUGACAAUAAUUGGAAAUAAAAACUAAACCCCUGAUGUCUUUUAUUAGAACAAUGAUCCACAUCCUGUUGAAUAUUUCCCAUGAUUAUAAAUUUGAUUUAUAAUUUUCAAACAUUUCAGUCAGACUGACUCAUCAGACAUCAACUACUUCUCUCCUCUUUUCUUUCUCUCCUCUCUGCAGCAGAAACAGUCUGACAUUAACUUUAACUGUUUUAUCUGCAUCACAUUUUCAUAACAGUUUGAUCAUCAUCAGACAAAAGAGCAAAAAUACUUCAGUAAGAAACUUAAUGAUAAUCCAUAUAUCCUAAGUCUGACUAGUAACUAUAUUCAGAAAUAUUACUAUUUUAUUCCAGUCAUCUGAUCAUAUUGUUUGCACUUUGUUGAAUAUCACUUUUGAACGUGGUUAUAACCGAACUUACCGGCAGGUAUCAGCGUUUCUUCUCGUAUCAUAAUAAUUACUUUAUUCAUGGUUCUGACGAGGUAGCCUUUUAAUGAACAACUCCACCUCUUUCAGAUGAAUAUGCUCGUAACCGGACAGGUAAAGCCAGGGUUAACUGAGCCAGUUGAUAACCAGCUUCGUAGUUCAGGUUAUCAGGACGGUCAAUGUUAGGUUCAGUCAAGCCAGAUAACUAAAAGUUAUCCUGGAUAUGUUGAACUUGCUUCGUAGUACAGGCUUCUGGUAUUUUACAGUUUGUUUGUCAGCUGUCAGCUGAUACUACGACAUGUUAGACAAACAGCCCUGUUGCUGUUUGGUUUGUCUGCUCAUUCUAUCAAGACUGAUUAAAUGUCUGAUUAUGAUUAUAGAAUAGCUCAUCUGGGGUCGUGUAAAAAAUCUUUGCAUCACGUUAACUUUUAUUGAGAAGUCAGAGAAUUGGUAAAUAAAGAAAGUUAAAAAUCUGUUGUUUUACAAACUCUACAACAAAUGGGCUCUUUAAACUGCAUAACUUAAAACUGCUGAUUCAACUUAAUGGCCUCUGUUUGUUCAGUUGAGAUAUUUAGAGAAUUUAACUCAGCUGGUUUUACAUUUUCAAAAAUCAGAGAUGACUUUGAACUAAUUAUUCGGCAUUAGUUCAGUGAAGCAGGGAAACUUGUGUUUUUAAGUUAAAUGUUUUACAGAAGGUUUCAGACAGAUGAAGGCACUGUUUACAUUUACUGACAGAUGUAAACAAGGUUACCUGGAGAUUACCUGACAGUCUGUGUUUUUGGGACAGUGGAUCAAUGAUGGACAUGUACAGAAAGAUAAAUCUUGACAAAUGCAGUGUAUUGAUUUAUUACUGGAUGUGUAAGAGCUGAUUGAUUACCAUGAUGUCAAAUCAAAGGUAACAUGAGACUAAAGCAAAGCAUUCUGGGAUAUGAUGAUUAAACCUGUGUGAUUAAUGUAAAUUAAGAUGGAGCCACAUACAUGUAUUCACACAAUCGCACAUGCACAUACACACUCAUGCACAAACAGAGUUUAACACACAGUGUGAUCAAUAUAUGGUGUGAUCAUGUAAUUACUACAGCGUUGGAUCAUGUGAUCAAUAAGGAGUCAAUACAACAGUUGAUUUCAUUGUCUCAUUAAAUGUGAAAUCAGCUGAUCAGUUAUUAAAGUUCCUUAUUUUGAGAAAUUUGAAUUCACACAGACAGUCGAAAUGAACAACACACACUGAAAACCCGUUUGUUGUCUUUAUUCUGAUCAGAUUUUAUUCUUCAGACUGAUUAUCAAUAAAUAUGAUGUAGACAUUAUUGGAA